CUCAGGCUCUUUGCACAAAAGGCUUCAGCGGCUCAGGUGCUAUAAAGAGCAGCAGCUGCAGCACAGGUAACACACAACAGCAGCAACCAGCAACCAGCAACCAGCCGGGCAAGCAAAGUGACAACAUGACAUCCAGCAGCAUGAACAUGAUGGGCAGGGUCGUCUUCUACGAGGACAAGAACUUCCAGGGACGCUCCUACGAGUGCAGCAGCGACUGUGCCGAUAUGUCGUCCUACCUGAGCAGGUGUCACUCCUGCAGGGUGGAGCGCGGCUGCUUCAUGGUCUACGACCGCACCAACUUCAUGGGUAACCAGUAUUUCCUGAGGAGGGGCGAGUACGCCGACAACAUGAGUAUGAUGGGAAUGAGCGACUGCAUCCGCUCCUGCCGCAUGAUCCCCAUGCACCGCGGCUCAUACAGAAUGAAGAUAUAUGAGAGGGAGAACUUCGGAGGCCAGUCGCACGAGCUGAUGGACGACUGUGACAACGUGAUGGAGCGUUUCAGGAUGUCCAACUGCAUGUCGUGUCAAGUGAUGGACGGUCACUGGCUGAUGUACGAGCAGCCCAACUACAGAGGCCGCAUGAUGUACAUGAAGCCCGGAGAGUACAAGAACUUCAUGAACAUGGGCAACAUGAGGGUCAUGAGCAUGAAGCGCAUCAUGGACUCCAACUAUUAGUGUCUCCAUGGAAACCAAUAAAGUCUGACUUCACAACA